GGUGACUCAUAAUUAUGUUGGGAUAAGAGACUAUACCUUCAAUAAUAAUUUCUUACCAAAAAUUUGAAAGUUACUAAUUAAAGAAGCUAUUCAGUAGUUGAUUAGUAAUUGGGUUGCUGUUUUAAAUAAUCCAGCAGUAUGAUUCCUAGAGGUGUAAGUUUUUCAGUUCUAAGAGAUACUUUUGUUCAAUGGUCCUCAUCAGCUAGACUCAAACAUUCACAUUUCUUGCUUGGAUUUCCUCCUGAGAAGUAUUUCUUGGGAAAUUCACAGAUCUUGUCAUCAUGUCGGCACUUUUGCAGUGCUGCAACUCCUAGAAAAAGUGGCUCCAUUGUACAAAAAAAUCACUGUAAUGUGGGAACAAUUGGUCAUGUUGACCACGGAAAAACAACUCUAACCUCAGCAAUCACGGCCGUGCUUGCCAAGUGUGGCCAAGCAGAAUUCACUCCUUACGAUAAAAUUGAUCAAGCCCCGGCUGAACGCGCCCGUGGCAUCACUAUCAACACUGCACAUGUUGGAUAUAGGACUGAAAAAAGAACAUAUGCUCACACAGACUGUCCUGGUCAUAUGGACUUCAUUAAGAAUAUGAUUGCUGGCACAGCACAGAUGGACGCGGCUAUUGUUAUAGUGGCUGCUACUGAUGGGCCCAUGCCACAGACUCGGGAGCAUCUCAUGCUUGCUAAGCAAAUUGGGCUCAAUAAAGUGGUGGUAUUCGUUAAUAAAUGCGAGAUAGUGGAUAAAGAUGUGCUGGAGCUGGUGGAAAUAGAGAUGCGUGAGCUGCUUGACCAUUAUGGCUUCAAAUCUGAUGACACGCCAUUUAUUUUUGGCUCAGCAUUGCUAGCUCUCAAGGGCGACACGGAGAGCGAGUAUGGGGAGAAGAGCAUCCACAGACUCAUGCAAGCCCUUGAUGACCACGUUGAGCCUCCUGUGCGAGAUCUCAAUGUGCCCUUCUUCCUCCCCGUCAGCAGUACCGUGACAGUUCCCAACCGUGGCACGGUCUUGGUGGGCACAAUGAAGCGUGGUGUCCUUAGGAAGGGCCAAGAUGCCGAGCUCAUCGGCUACGACCGUCGCCAAAAGACCCGUAUCACUGGCAUGCAGGUUUUCCACAAAGACGUUGACUCUUGCCAAGCUGGUGAGAACGUUGGAGUGAUUGCCAAGGGCAUCAAGAAGGACAUGGUGGAUCGUGGCAUGGCUCUGGUGCCUCUGAAAAGCAUGUCUCUGCACAACAGGUUUGAGGCUACAAUUUAUUUAUUAUCCGCUGAUGAGGGAGGUCGUCAGAAAGCCUUGCCGGCACGCUACAUCCAGAUGCUCCACAUCGACACGUGGUGCAUGUCAUGCAGAUUUGAUCUCCCUCCCAAGAUUGAACUUAUGAUGCCUGGCGAGCAAGGCGUCGUGCACGGCACGCUGCUGUGCCAGAUGCCCAUCACUAUCGGCAUGACGUUCACCGUACGGGAGGCGAAGAGCACAAUAGCGACGGGUGUCAUCACUAAGUUGUUGCCUAGCGUCGACGUGCCGAAACGUAUGCUAGUGCUUGUUGAUUUCAACAGAGUAGUGCCUAAUAAAUAGUAAUUGUACAGUACCUGAUAAUUUUUUCAUGCUCGGGAUCAAUUUUCGUUUAUCAGAGAGUUAGCCCAAAUGAGGCGAAAGGAAUCUAACGUAUUUUGAAGUGCAGUAUAACUUGCAAGAAUGGCGGAUGAACGCUACUCGCUUGGCUGAGGCGUUUAAAUGCGCAUUGUCAACAACUCUAGCGUGUAUUUUUCCCUGGAGGCUAAUGCAAGUAAUUGUCUGGCA